AUGGAGAGCACAUUAAGUCCUGCGACUCAGACUGAGGAGCCUCCUGCGAUGUCACAGCGCAUUCAGAAUGCAGCUGACAUCUCCGUCAUUGUCAUCUACUUCAUAAUCGUGCUAGCUGUGGGGCUGUGGGCCAUGGUGAAAAGCAACAGAGGCACUGUUGGAGGCUUCUUCCUGGCUGGCCGAGAUGUGGCUUGGUGGCCGAUGGGCGCCUCUCUCUUUGCCAGCAACAUUGGCAGCAACCAUUUUGUGGGCCUGGCUGGAACGGGAGCAGCUUCAGGGAUUGCUACUGCAGCGGUGGAAUGGAACGCUCUGCUUAUGGUGCUAGUUCUCGGGUGGGUGUUUGUCCCCAUCUACAUCAAGGCUGGGGUGAUGACCAUGCCAGAAUACCUCAGGAAGCGGUUUGGUGGGCAGAGACUUCAGAUCAGCAUCUCGGUCCUCUCCCUCUUCAUCAUGGUGGCCAUCCAAAUCUCCUCAAGCAUAUUUUCUGGAGCCAUAUUCAUUCAAAUAGCUUUGGGAUUGGACCUUUACCUGGCGAUCUUCAUCCUCUUGGUUAUCACUGCUGUUUACACAGUUGCUGGGGGCUUGGCCUCUGUGAUUUACACAGACACUAUCCAGGCUUUCAUCAUGCUGGUUGGUUCUUUAAUUCUCAUGGGGUUUGCAUUUGCUGAAGUCGGAGGCUAUGAGAGCUUCACAGAGAAGUACAUGAACGCCAUCCCCUCUGUCAUCGAGGGGGACAACCUGACCAUCAGCCCCGAGUGCUACACUCCUCAGCCGGACUCCUUCCAUAUCUUCCGAGAUCCUAUCACUGGAGACAUUCCAUGGCCGGGCCUGAUAUUUGGAAUGAGCAUUUUAGCUAUAUGGUACUGGUGUGCAGACCAGGUCAUUGUGCAGCGCUGCCUCUCAGCUAAGAACAUGUCUCAUGUGAAGGCUGCCUGCAUCCUCUGUGGCUACCUGAAGCUGCUGCCCAUGUUCCUCAUGGUGAUGCCAGGGAUGAUCAGCCGAAUUCUGUACACAGAUAAGGUGGCCUGCGUUGUACCUUCUGAGUGUGUGAAACAGUGUGGCACUGAAGUUGGCUGCACCAAUUACGCCUAUCCUAUGCUGGUGCUGGAACUGAUGCCUGAUGGACUUCGAGGCCUGAUGCUGUCUGUCAUGUUGGCUUCUCUCAUGAGCUCCCUGACCUCCAUCUUCAACAGCGCCAGCACCCUCUUCACCAUGGACCUCUACACCAAGAUGAGGAAGAAGGCGUCUGAGAGAGAGCUCCUGAUAGCCGGACGGCUCUUUGCCAUUGUUCUAAUUGUCAUCAGCAUCCUCUGGGUCCCAUUGGUACAGGCAUCACAAAAUGGACAGCUAUUCCACUAUAUGUCAUCAUUUUCUAGCUACAUUGGGCCUCCAAUUGGUGCUGUCUUCAUGCUUGGCAUAUUGUAUAAAAGAGUCAAUGAACAGGGUGCAUUCUGGGGCCUAAUGGUUGGAUUUGUGAUAGGCCUUACUCGUAUGAUCGCAGAGUUUGCAUAUGGAACAGGGAGUUGCUUGGCUCCCAGUAACUGUCCAGAGAUUAUCUGUGGAGUGCACUACAUGUAUUUUGCCAUCAUUGUGUUUUUUGUUACCAUACUAGUCAUCCUGGCAAUCUCCUUCCUAACGAAACCAAUUCCUGAUGUUCACCUGUACCGCCUGUGCUGGAGCCUUUGGAAGAACACGGAAGAGCGUAUUGACUUAGAUGCAGACGAGGAAAGUCACGAAGAAGUUGGUGGUGCUCUUGAAGAAGAUGAUCCUGAGCAACCCCGUGGGUGUCUCAAAAGGGCAUGUAGCUUAUUCUGUGGUUUGCAGAAUACAGGGCCCAAGCUGAGCAAAGAGGAGGAAGAAGCCCUCAGGAAAAAGUUCACUGACACCUCUGAGAAGCCCUUGUGGAGGAAUGUAGUGAACGUCAGUGCCAUCGUCCUCCUGACUGUGACCGUCUUUGUUCAUGCCUAUUUUGCCUGA